AUGCAGCUUCUCACCCUCCUCGCGCUCACCACCGCCGCCUCCGCCGUGCUGAUCAACACCAGGUGCGGCAACAACUACGGCCAGGAGCUCUGCGCCGACGGCGGCGCGAGCGACCAGUACCACUACGUCGCCGUCUGCAACGACCAGCAUGUCUGGGCCGUCCGCCAGACCUGCGGACACCGCUUCUGCUGCAAGGACAAGGCCGGCGGCGGCGCCUACUGCGCCUGCUGA